GGCAGCAGCUCCCUGCUGCAGGUUGUUGAGGAUCUGAUGGGGACUCGCAUCUCAGGAGCCGGAGGUGACUAAAGAAAUGUUGAACACAGUACUCUGCAAAAAAUAGCGUGUGGAUUUCUUGCACCUGAAGAACAAGAAAAGGUCUCAGACUCUGGAUACUGGCUGUGGGAUAUUUUUUAUUGUUAUUACUAUUUUUGAUUGGGUUUUUUUCCUUCCUUUUUGGAUGUGAAUUGAAGGCCAACAACAGCUGAAGUGCUGGAAUCAAGUGCAGGAGGACUCACCUUUUUAUUUGAAACCUUGUUUGCUGGGAUACUUUCAAGCUCUCCUUCACAGUCAUGUGGUCAUCACAGCUGCUGUUCUUCACAAUGCUCUUAACACCGUUUGCCCAUGCUUUCAGCCGUGCCCCAGUGCCCAUGGCUGUGGUCCGAAGGGAGCUGUCCUGCGAGAGUUACCCCAUCGAGCUGCGCUGCCCGGGAACAGAUGUUAUCAUGAUCGAAAGUGCCAACUACGGCAGGACUGAUGAUAAAAUCUGUGACUCUGAUCCUGCUCAGAUGGAGAAUAUCCGCUGUUAUCUGCCAGAUGCCUAUAAGAUUAUGACUCAAAGAUGCAGUAAUCGGACCCAGUGUGCGGUUGUUGCCGGCCCUGAUGUGUUUCCAGACCCGUGCCCUGGCACGUACAAGUACCUGGAAGUGCAGUACGAGUGUGUCCCUUACAUUUUUCUUUGCCCUGGACUGCUGAAAGGAGUUUACCAGAGCGAACACUUAUUCGAGUCUGACCACCAGUCGGGCGCCUGGUGCAAGGACCCUCUGCAGGCCUCUGACAAGAUCUACUACAUGCCCUGGACGCCGUACCGGACAGACACACUGACAGAAUACUCCUCCAAGGACGACUUCAUCGCCGGCAGGCCCACCACGACCUACAAACUCCCGCACCGGGUGGAUGGCACGGGGUUCGUGGUGUACGACGGGGCCUUGUUCUUCAACAAGGAGCGGACCAGGAACAUCGUCAAGUUUGACUUGCGGACGAGGAUAAAGAGCGGGGAGGCAAUCAUAGCUAACGCCAACUACCACGACACCUCGCCCUACCGCUGGGGAGGCAAGUCCGACAUAGACCUGGCCGUGGACGAGAACGGGCUCUGGGUAAUCUAUGCAACAGAACAGAACAAUGGCAAAAUAGUCAUUAGCCAGCUGAACCCUUACACGCUAAGGAUCGAAGGGACGUGGGAUACUGCCUACGACAAGAGGUCAGCUUCCAAUGCCUUCAUGAUCUGUGGGAUUUUAUACGUGGUAAAGUCUGUGUACGAAGAUGACGACAACGAAGCCACAGGGAAUAAAAUAGACUACAUAUAUAACACUGACCAAAGCAAGGAUAGCAUGGUGGAUGUGCCCUUUCCAAACUCCUACCAGUACAUUGCUGCUGUGGAUUAUAAUCCCCGGGACAACCUCCUGUAUGUAUGGAACAACUAUCAUGUUGUAAAAUACUCUUUGGAUUUUGGCCCGCUGGACAGCAGAGCAGGGCAGGCUCACCAUGGGCAGGUUUCCUACAUUGCCCCACCGAUCCACCUGGAUUCGGAUCUGGAGAGACCGCCAUCCAAGGGAGUAUCGACAUCGGGCGCUCUGGGCCCGGGGAGCACCACUGCCAGCACCACGCCGCGCCUGGCCACCAGCACCACCGGCCGCACCACCACCACAUCGGGCUCGGGCAGGAGGAACAGGAGCACCAGCACCCCGUCCCCCAUGGCCGAUGUCCCCGAGGAGAUGACCACGCACCUGCCGCCCGCCUCCUCCCAGCUGCCGCCGGCCGGAGCCGAGAGCUGCGACCCCAUGGAAGCCCGCGACAUUAUGUGGUCCCGGACCCGGCAGGGCCAGGUGGCGAAGCAGCCGUGUCCCUUGGGCUCCAUAGGUGUUGCAACUUUCCGGUGUCUUGCACCUGAUGGUAUCUGGGAACCCCAAGGACCUGAUCUUAGCAACUGCUCUUCACCCUGGAUCAACCACAUCACUCAAAAGAUGAGGUCGGGGGAGAUGGCCGCCAACAUCGCGCGGGAGCUGGCGGAGCACACCAGGAGCCACCUGUACGCCGGUGACAUCGCCUACUCCGUGUCCGCCAUGGUCCAGCUCGUCAACCUGCUGGACGUGCAGCUCCGCAACCUGACUCCCGGCGGGAAGGACAGCGCUGCGCGCAGCUUGAACAAGGCCAUGGUGGAGACGGUGAACAACCUCCUGCAACCUCAGGCUCUGAACGCGUGGAGGGACCUGAACGCGAGCGAGCAGCAGCGCGCGGCCACCAAGUUGCUGGACACGGUGGAGGACAGUGCCUUCGUGCUGGCUGACAACCUGCUGAAGACAGACAUCGUCCGGGAGAACACUGACAACAUCCAGCUGGAAGUUGCGAGACUAAGCACAGAUGGGAAUCUGGAAGAUCUGAAGUUUCCCCAGAACAUGGGCCAUGGGAGCGCCAUUCAGCUGUCAGCAAAUACCUUGAAGCAGAAUGGUCGAAAUGGUGAGAUCAGGGUGGCUUUUGUGCUGUACAACAAUCUGGGCACCUAUCUCUCCACGGAGAAUGCCAGCAUGAAGCUGGGAACAGAAGCGAUGUCGACCAAUCACUCCGUCAUUGUCAACUCCCCUGUCAUCACGGCAGCAAUAAAUAAAGAGUUCAGCAAUAAGGUUUACCUGGCUGAUCCUGUGGUGUUUACUGUCAAGCACAUCAAGCAGUCAGAAGAAAAUUUUAACCCAAACUGUUCAUUCUGGAGCUACACGAAGCGUACCAUGACAGGCUAUUGGUCCACCCAGGGCUGCCGCCUCCUGACAACUAACAAGACACACACCACCUGCUCCUGCAACCACCUCACCAACUUUGCAGUCCUGAUGGCACAUGUGGAAGUUAAGCACACUGAUGCAGUCCACGACCUGCUCCUGGACUUCAUCACGUGGGUUGGCAUCCUGCUUUCACUGGUCUGCCUCCUGAUCUGCAUCUUCACCUUCUGCUUCUUCCGUGGGCUGCAGAGCGACCGCAACACGAUUCACAAGAACUUGUGCAUCAGCCUCUUCGUGGCAGAGCUCCUCUUCCUCAUUGGCAUCAACCGGACUGACCAGCCGAUUGCCUGUGCCGUCUUUGCUGCCCUCCUGCACUUCUUCUUCCUGGCAGCUUUCACCUGGAUGUUCCUGGAGGGGGUGCAGCUCUACAUCAUGCUGGUGGAGGUUUUUGAGAGCGAGCACUCCCGGAGGAAGUAUUUCUAUUUGGUGGGGUACGGCAUGCCUGCGCUGAUUGUGGCCGUGUCGGCAGCGGUGGACUACCGGAGCUACGGCACAGACAAAGUAUGUUGGCUCCGACUUGACACCUACUUCAUUUGGAGCUUUAUAGGACCGGCGACCUUGAUAAUUAUGCUUAAUGUCAUCUUCCUUGGGAUUGCUCUCUAUAAAAUGUUUCAUCAUACUGCCAUACUGAAACCCGAAUCUGGAUGUCUUGACAAUAUCAAGUCCUGGGUUAUAGGUGCAAUAGCCCUACUCUGCCUAUUAGGACUGACCUGGGCAUUCGGACUCAUGUAUAUUAAUGAAAGCACAGUCAUCAUGGCGUAUCUCUUCACCAUAUUCAAUUCUCUGCAGGGAAUGUUUAUAUUCAUUUUCCAUUGUGUCCUCCAGAAAAAGGUACGUAAGGAGUACGGAAAAUGCCUGCGCACACAUUGCUGUAGUGGGAAAAGUACAGAGAGUUCUAUCGGCUCAGGAAAAACCUCGGGGUCAAGGACACCUGGAAGAUACUCCACAGGCUCACAGAGCCGGAUUCGUAGGAUGUGGAAUGACACGGUUCGAAAGCAGUCCGAGUCUUCCUUUAUCACUGGAGAUAUAAACAGUUCAGCUUCACUCAACAGAGAGGGGCUUCUGAACAAUGCCAGGGAUACAAGUGUCACGGAUACUCUACCACUGAAUGGUAAUCACGGCAACAGCUACAGCAUCGCCAGCGGCGAGUACCUCAGCAACUGCGUGCAAAUCCUUGACCGCGGGUACAACCACACGGAGAACGCCCUCGAGAAAAAGAUCCUGAAGGAACUCACCUCCAACUACAUCCCUUCCUACCUGAACAACCACGAGCGCUCCAGCGAGCAGAGCCGCAACUUGAUGAACAAACUCGUCAACAGCGUGGGCGGCGGGAGCGAAGACGAUGCCAUCGUGCUGGAUGACGCCACCUCCUUCACCCACGAGGAGAGCCUGGGCCUGGAGCUCAUCCACGAGGAGUCGGACGCCCCACUGCUGCCUCCCCGGGUGUACUCGGCGGACAACCACCAGCCCCACCUCUACAGUCGGCGUCGCAUCCCGCAAGACAACAGCGAGAGCUUUUUCCCUUUGCUGACCAACGAGCACACGGACGACCUGCAGUCGCCCAACAGGGAUUCUCUCUACACCAGUAUGCCCGCGCUGGCUGGCAUGCCCAUGACGGAAAGCGUCACCGCCAGCACCCAGACCGACCCUCCACCAGCGAAAAGCGGCGGUGGCGAUGCCGACGAUGUUUACUACAAAAGCAUGCCCAAUCUUGGCUCCAGGAACCACGUCCAUCAGCUACACACUUACUACCAGCUAGGUCGAGGCAGCAGCGACGGUUUUAUAGUCCCACCAAACAAAGAGGGAACCUCCCCGGACGGCAAUGCAAAAGGACCCGCUCACUUGGUCACUAGUCUAUAGAAGAUUCAGCAAAAAUUAAGCAAAGAGACAACUUAAAGCCUCUCCGUAACGUUCGGUUUACUGUUCUGAGUUAAUCCAAACAGUGGUAAUAUUGUGUGUACUCCUAAAUCUUCAUGCUGUUCAAAAGGAAAUUCUCAGACUUUUUUUACUGGAAUUUUUAGGCCGGCCCGGAGAGGACAGUAACUGCUGUGCCCCCCCUUAUCUUCCCAUCCUUCUUCCCUCCAGACAGACUUCAUUAUGUUAAUGAAAGAGAUAGAUAACGGCACACUUCGUGGCCUUCUCAAGUUAUGCCGUGUUUGUUUAAACAAUCCUUGAUGCUGUGUUGCUCUUAAUACCGAGGACCUGAUUUAAGAGGGAAAAAAAAAUAAUAAAAGGCCAAAAAUGUGCAUUUGAAACUAGUAGCGAUGACACAUCUAGGUGGGAGCGCUGUGUAACACAAGCUAGCAAAACUCUUUCUUACCAAUCCAGAUCACAUCAUGGGUUAUGGUCACUCACAGCUUGGUUUCAUUGCAGCGCCCUUUGCUGUGGGAGCAAACAAAACGUAAACAAAUUUAAUGAGACGGAAGGGAAUCCUAGAAUCCUGUGCUAAAGGCAUAUUUUACAUUUUGCUGUAUUAACGGAUGAUAAAAACUAAUGGCAGAAAAAGAGAAGCGAACAAUUUCUAUGUAAUGUACAGAUACUAGCAUUGCACAUAUAGUCUGCUUUCUGUUCCUCCAGAACUUGCGUCCCUGUUAAUGUAGUGGAAAAAAAAAAUAAGAACUUUUUUCUGUUGUGCUGGUCUUGUAAGUUUGUCUACCAGUAGGAGCAAGGUUUUUCAUAACUCUUCCUUUUUUUUUUUUUUUAAAUUUUGUUUUGCCUCUUCCACUGCUCCUUCCCUCUGUCCCCUUCCCACCCCAGUAAAAAAACUCACUGGGCAAAAAAAAAAUUCCCAAACAUCACUUUCUAAGGACCAUUUUUAGUAACACCAUCACCAUUUCUUUUCAGCCAAGGCAGUCUUUUAAUUUCCUCGCUGUAUAACCUUUUUCAGCCGGCAUGUUGCCAGCAGACCUUUUGGCAGACUAGAGCAGGGCAAACUUCCUCAUUGUCAGUGCACAACCGAUCGUGACGAUAAUCCUGUGAAGCAUCUCUGGCGAGCAGCCCCUCAUCCAGGCCCUCAGGUCACAUCCAGGGGCUGAGAGGGGGCUUUGUAAUCCUAGUGGGAGUUCUACAGGAGACGGCCAUUUCCCUGGAGGAGCAAAGGGCCUUCUCGGCUCAGUCUGGUCCCCCGUUUAGGCACUUGUACUGCAGUGGUUAAGAAGAGAAUAGAUUGACGCGUAGUGAGCUAAAAAGUACUUUGCAGUGAUUUUUAAUUAAAAAAAAAACAAAAAAAACAAAAAAAGUCCUCUGUUCAUUACUUUUCCUAACAGGAAAUUUAUUUAUUUGACCGGAUUUUUAAGUAACAUAGGCUUUCUGGAGGUAAAUUAGCAGCACGGAGUAUGAAUUCUUCUUCUUUUUCUUUUUCUUUUCUUUUCUUUUUUUUUUUAAUUUAUGAUCCAUUUUGUAUGGUCUCAACAGUUGAAUGACCUCAUUACUAAUAUUUGUUGUAAAAGUGAAGCUUGUUUGCCAACCAAUAAACAACUGAUCACGAUUUAGAAGAUA